AUGGGAGAUGCAAACCCUUGGGAAAUACAAAAUGUUGAUACAACAAACAUCUGCUACAAUGUUAAAGCCGGGUGGAAUGACAACAUUCAUUCAUUCGCGACCUCCGCGCUUGGUAGCGACAGCACUCAUGUCUGUGUUUUCUGGAAAGACUAUGACUGCCAAGGUGAUCACACAAAUGAACUUGAGUAUGCGUUCGAUCUGGCGCACACCUGCAAGACGAGUUCGAAAUGGCAUAACAAUAUUUCGUCGUUCAAGUGUUGUGACAAGCCAAAAUGGAGCCAAUGUGUGCCAGGAGCUGCUAAGCCGACUUGUAAGCCAAUGCCAUAG